GUAUCAUUUUUAACGAUAUAAUUGAAAACAUAUAGUUCGAUCAAACUCGCCAUGGAUUGCAAAAAGUGUCGUCUACCAGUGAUAACAAAAGAUCACCCGUACAUUUAUUGCAACGGGUUGUGUGCUGCUGUACACCAUGCCGCUUGUGUCGGGUUGAGUAAUGUCGAGCUUGCUUCGGUAUCACCGCCGAACAAAAACAAUAUGUGGCUGUGUGAUGAGUGCGUGGUCGAAUUCGUUCAAUGGAGAACAGAACGAAGUGAAAACAAAAAAUGUUCAAUCGCCGAAUCAGUAUCGGAGCCAAAAUGCCCCCUUCAACGUGACGUCGAAGAGUUGAAGAACAAAGUAGAAUCCAUGCGGUUGGUUCUUGCUUCACAUGAAGCUUUCAAUGUGGAUGCUGGAAUACGACACUCAACUCCAAAUGCCCCAAACUCAUCGCGGCAAACGAAUAGCAAUAGCAGAUCACGUGAAAUAUCAGAUGUACUACCUGAUGCUUCGGACCGGUUGACAGAUUCAAUGCGUGAAGAUGAGAGUUUCGACUUGCUACUUACCAACAUCGAUGGAAGCGUUACGGAGGAUGAUAUACAACGAAUGGUCUUUCGUAGUUUAGGCGCACACGACAAUGAGUUCAUACAUGUACGAAAACUUGUUCCACGAUGGGUUGACUGCAGCACUCUGGACUACAUCUCUUUUAAAGUCGUCUUGAAUCGUAAAUGGAAAUCAAGCGCAAUGUUAUCAACGACUUGGCCUCAGAACGUUAAAUUUCGCGAGUUCCGUAAAAUACGAUGCACGUGGAGACCCGAACUUGUGUGAUAAGAUAUGUUUUUAUUAAUUUGCAAUAACAAUUACUCUUGUUUUAUGUCAUAAUUGUAGUUGUGUGCUAGGUUUGGUAGAGUUAAAUAGUAGAAGUUUUGUACCUAAUGUUUGUGUUUCCAAUGUUCAAGCUAAUUUUUUUUUAUUGAUUUCUUGUUUUUGUAUGAAUAUUGGUUAUGUUUAUUUUUAGUUUUAAGUUUACAUCAUUGGGGCACUAGUAAGCCUGUUGAUGUUAUGAAUAAUAAAUAAAUA